AUGCGUCUGCCGCUCGCGCGCGUGAUGAAUCGUGUGGCCGGCACGUCCCGUUCCCUCUCGGCCGCCCCCGCGUUCGACGCCGAGGCGUACGAGCACCAGUACCUGGUGAACACGUACAACGCCGACGGCGUGCGCGGCGAGAAGGGGCUCGUGUUCACGCACGGCCAGGGCAGCAAACUGUACGACCAACGCGGGCGCGAGUUCUUGGACUUUUACGCGGGCAUUGCCGUGUCUGGCCUCGGCCAUGGCGACGCCGACUGGUACGAGAGCCUCGUGGAGCACGGCAAACACGUGACGCACGUGAGCAAUUUGUACCACUCGAAGGCGCCGCUGGAACUCGCCAAGACGCUCGUGGACAACUCGUGCUUUGAUAAGGUCUUUUUUGCCAACUCGGGCACGGAAGCCAAUGAAGGCGCGUACAAGUUUGCGCGACUUUACGCCAAUCACGUGGCGCAGGGGACGCCUGUGGAGAACCAGAAGUUUGAGUUCAUCUCGUUCAAGCACGGCUUCCACGGUCGCACGGCUGCUGCAUUGACGCUCACGCACAAGCCGAAGAUUCGUCAAGCGUUUAUGCCGCUGGUGCCCGGCGUGCACUAUGCCGAGUUCAAUGACAUUGAGAGCGUCAAGAAACUCAUUUCGGACAAGACGGCGGGUGUGAUUAUUGAGCCCGUGCAGGGAGAAGGAGGCGUGUUCCCUGCUGACUAUGAGUUCAUGCGUGAGCUUCGAGCUCUGUGUGACAAGCAUAACGCGAUGCUGAUCACGGACGAAGUUCAGUGUGGUCUCGGCCGCACGGGCAAACUCUUUGCCCACGAGCUGUACGAUGUGAAACCUGACAUCAUGACGUUAGCGAAACCGCUCGCGGGCGGACUGCCGAUUGGUGCGGUGCUCAUGUCGGACAAAGUGGCGUCAGCAGUCAGCCCUGGCCAGCACGGCACGACUUUUGGUGGGAAUCCGUUGGUGUGCGCUGUCGCGAGCACAGUGCUCAAGAAGAUCAUGGACAAAGACUUUCUUGCGAACGUGCAAAAGCGGGGCACCUACUUGGCUGACGGGCUGGAAAAGCUGAAGCAAAAGUUCCCCGACAAGGUGGCGGAUGUGCGUAAGCCAAUUGGCAAGGGUGGUUUGUUCAUCGCUUUGGAAUGCAAAAAGCCCGUCAACGCGCUCAUUAAGUAUGCGCUAUCGAAGCAGGUACUCAUCAUUUCGGCUGGUGAAAACACGAUUCGUCUAUGUCCGCCGCUUGUUGUAGACGAGAACGACAUCGACAAGCUUCUUGACGUGUUCGAGAAGGCGUUUGAGGAGGAUGUUCUGUAA